AAUUUUAUUUUCAAGAAGAUUGCUGCUAGUGUGUUUUUUUUGACGCUUUCAAAUAUUUUAUAUACAAAGCUUUUUAAAAUGCAAAAAAGUUUAAUUCCUGGUCAUAACAACAACCGCCACCUGUCAUCAGAGGAAAUCGAAAACAACAUUGGUGGACUUCCAGUAACUGAAAAUCGAAUUCAGGAAAUCUUUGAUGCUUUGGAUGUGGAUCACAGUGGGGCUGCAUCGAUUGAUGUAGUAAAGGAUUUCUAUACCAGUUUGGAGCAUUAUGGCUUGGUUAUGAGUGAAAAGGAAAUUGAUGGGUUUGUACGCAAGUUUGGAAACACCCAUAAAGAAGCCCUCACGUUUGAUGAGUUUGCAUGUCUGAUUCUAACUGUGGCUCAAUGGUAAAUUAGUGCUUUUCAUGAUGUAUCCUUUGUAUGAUUUUUUUAUAUAAUUAUUAUAGCUUAGUAGAAAUAUAGUCAUUCUAUGUAUGUAAUAUGGGUGUGCGGGUCUGUUAUGUGUAAAGGUGCACGUCUUGUCUCUUUCCUAUAUAUAUAUACACAAUAUAUAAGUUUUAUCUAUGUUUUUUUCUGUUCUGAUUUCGGUUGAACUUUAUAGGCUUUAAGCGAAUGAUAUUGGUACGAAAAAUCAGAGUUCAUUGUUUACCAGAAAAAA